AUGGACACAUCACGUCGCUCAACGAGCCCUCAGCCUACAGCUUCAGGCGGCAGCAAACAAGACCUUCUCUGGGACAUUCUUAUAUUCAACUCGCCAAGCAGAUCCACCGCUGCCGGGCAAGGCCUCUUCAGCAAAGAAUUUGCCACGCCUGCACAUGAAGCUGUAACCAGGGAUGCCACGUCGAUGGUGCGACCCACUGCCUCAACAGUCCAAAACAUCACCUCUGCCGAUGGGUUCCAAAGCUCUGUAGGCCCGUCAUUUGCCAGACCCCCUGUUCCCAAUCCAGCCACCACGACUUCCAUGAUUGCUGCAACACCAGGUCAACAACCUACUUUUAUGCCUGGGGUAGCCCAGUUCUCGACACCAGCGGAUCCCAACUACAUGGCCUUCAACGAUCAAAAUCUCGCCGCCAUCACCGAGUUCUUGGAUCAGAAUUCGGGAAGGAUGUUCAAUGAAUGGUGGGACUUUGGAGAUUUGUAG